AAAAAAUAUACAAAAAUUUACCCCCCCGUAAGCAAUAUGAGCCGGACCAGAGAUUGGUCUCGGGCGAGGCCUUACAUACCCAAGGAUAACCUAACGACCGAUGCGGGAAUAAGGGCUACGAAAUUUCCAGCAAAAAUUGACCCAGAGUGUGGCCCCGUCUCGAUGUCGAUGAUCAUUGGCUGGGAGUAUGCUAGGAUUUGGCUGCGUGAACGCGAUGCCAAUGUGGCGCAUCACGAGCGGGCGGCCAAACCCAAGACUGUCAAAAAUGAUUUCGAGUGGUGGCUGAAGCUUCGCAAGACCAACAAGCGGUUCUGCAAAAUUAAAUAAAGAUCGUAGUUGAUCAACUUCCGAAAAAUUUCGUAAUCAUAAAUUGCUAAAUUCA